GUGUAAUCAUAUAGAGUAUCAGUAUUAAUUACAUGCAUGCUGGUAUGACAUGUACUAUACUGUAUGACGUUACUCUGAUAGGCAGUUAAAGCAUCAUGGCUGCUACAGUAAAUACACCUGGGCGUCCAGCUCCUCCAAAACCAGUGUCAAAACCUGGCAAAGUAAAAUUGGUAAGAGCACUGCACAAUUAUACAGCUGAGCAUAGUGAUGAAUUAUCAUUUGAAGAAGGAGACUUAUUAUAUAUACAAGACAGUGUACAAUCAAAUGCAAGUUGUAAGAAAGUACAAGCUACAUGUGGCAAUCGGACCGGAUGGAUACCUAUGAGUGCUGUGGAAGAACAAGUGACCGAAGUAGUUUUGCCAUUACAUGAUGCUGCUAGAAGAGGGAACACAAUAUUUUUAAAAGAAUGCUUGAGUGGCGGAUUGUCUGGAACAGCACUAGAUUCUGCUGGUUGUACACCUUUAUACUGGGCAGCACUCUCUGGACAUGAAGAUUGCGUCCAGUUACUGCUUGAAUUACCGAAUCCUGCUUUGAAUGCUCAGAAUAAAAUGGGUGACACUCCUUUACACGUGGCAGCUAAUCACGGACACUUGAACAUCGUAACUCUACUGCUACAAGGUGGUGCCGAUGCAAGCUUGCAAAACAAUGCAGGCUUAACUGCUGAGGAUAUAGCUCAAAAUCCAGCAAUCAAAAACGAAAUCCAAAUGAGUAGGUAUCACAAAGAUGCUUCUCUCCAUGGCUACAACGAAGACGAUUACAAUGACGAUAGCGACUAAACACAUU